AAAAUCUUGGGUAAAAUGGCAUCCAAAUCCAUUGCUACCACCUUAAUUGAUGACACGAGCAGCGAGGUGCUGGAUGAGCUUUACAGAGUGACCAAGGAGUACACCCAAAACAAGAAGGAGGCAGAGAAAAUCAUCAAAAACCUCAUCAAAACGGUCAUCAAGCUUGCCAUUCUUUACCGGAAUAAUCAGUUUAACCAAGAUGAGCUAGCACUGAUGGAGAAAUUUAAGAAGAAAGUUCAUCAACUUGCUAUGACGGUGGUCAGUUUCCAUCAGGUGGAUUACACCUUUGACCGGAAUGUGUUAUCCAGGCUGUUAAAUGAAUGCAGAGAGAUGCUUCACCAAAUCAUUCAGCGUCACCUCACCGCCAAGUCACAUGGACGGGUUAAUAAUGUCUUUGAUCAUUUUUCAGAUUGUGAAUUUUUGGCUGCCUUGUAUAAUCCCUUUGGAAAUUUUAAACCCCACUUACAAAAACUUUGUGAUGGUAUCAACAAAAUGCUGGAUGAAGGGAACAUAUGAGCAUGUGAAUUAAGAUUGUGACUGAUCAUGAUUUAUUUGAAGACAGAGCACUGCUGAUUUAUGAAGGAAAAAUGAUUUUUUAAAAAAUAAUUACACAUAUUUCAGAAAGACUUUGCCUGAUUCAUUUGUCAGACAUUUAUGAUAGUGCUUUUAUGAGGCUUGUUUUAUUUGAAGAAAAACAUGUUGCCAAAAAUUCUGGUUAAAGGUUUCCUAUAGGGGUGACAGAUCAUGGGAAAGAUAUAUGGUUGGGUAAUUCCAGUGGAGAGUCAUACAAAGGAAAAUACACAUGGCCCCAAAUCUUUAGACCUUUUUUUAGGGCAGUCGUGUUGGCAGCACAUUGGAUAUUUCUAACGUGUACAAAGCUAUGUUUUUUGGUUCACUUUUAUUCCUUACUUGUGUAUAUGUAGCUCUUUUAAAAAGCCAGGAACUUUCUCUUGCUGUCACUGCUCCUUUUGAGACAAUUCCAUUUUUAAGUCUACCUUGAUUUCUUUUGUUAAAGAUUGUGUCAUUGACAUUCAAGAAUUAAGCCUGAGGCAGUCAAAUUGAACCCUCAGAAAAAUAGAAAACUGCUUAUCUGAAAUCAGUACUGUGGAAAUGAACCAUA